GGGUGUGAGAGCGGAAGUGGCCGGCUGGAGCCGGGGGCUGGGCGGGGACCGGGCUUGUCGGUGAGGCGGCAGCGGUGGCGGCGGCGGCUCGGCAGGCGGGUUCAGGCUUCGGGGGCCAGCCGCCGCCAUGAUCCUGCUGGAGGUGAACAACCGCAUCAUCGAGGAGACGCUCGCGCUCAAGUUCGAGAACGCGGCCGCCGGUAACAAACCAGAAGCAGUAGAAGUAACAUUUGCGGAUUUCGAUGGAGUCCUCUAUCAUAUUUCAAAUCCUAAUGGAGACAAAACAAAAGUGAUGGUCAGUAUUUCUUUGAAAUUCUACAAGGAACUUCAGGCACAUGGUGCUGAUGAGUUACUAAAGAGGGUGUACGGGAGUUUCUUGGUAAAUCCCGAAUCAGGGUACAAUGUCUCUUUGCUAUAUGACCUUGAAAAUCUGCCAGCAUCCAAGGAUUCCAUUGUGCAUCAGGCUGGCAUGUUGAAACGAAAUUGUUUUGCCUCUGUCUUUGAGAAAUAUUUCCAAUUCCAAGAAGAGGGCAAGGAAGGCGAGAACAGGGCAGUUAUCCAUUAUAGGGAUGAUGAGACCAUGUACGUUGAAUCUAAAAAGGACAGAGUCACAGUAGUCUUCAGCACAGUGUUCAAAGAUGAUGACGAUGUGGUCAUUGGAAAAGUGUUCAUGCAGGAGUUCAAAGAAGGCCGCAGAGCCAGCCACACAGCCCCACAGGUCCUCUUUAGCCACAGGGAACCUCCUCUGGAGCUGAAAGACACCGACGCUGCCGUGGGCGACAACAUUGGCUACAUUACCUUCGUGCUGUUCCCUCGCCACACCAAUGCCAGCGCUCGAGACAACACCAUCAACCUGAUCCACACUUUCCGGGACUAUCUGCACUACCACAUCAAGUGCUCUAAGGCCUAUAUUCACACACGUAUGCGGGCAAAAACAUCUGACUUCCUCAAGGUGCUGAACCGUGCACGUCCAGAUGCCGAGAAAAAAGAAAUGAAAACAAUCACGGGGAAGACGUUCUCAUCCCGCUAACUCUCGGGAACAGGAAGAGGAGGCGGCUGGCAGCUGAAGGCUGGAACGCUUGCUACUGGAUAAUCGUAGCUUUUCAUGUUGCACCUCUUCAGGUUCUUAAGGGAUUCUCCGUUUUGGUUCCAUUUUGUACACGUUUGGAAAAUAAUCUGCAGAAACGAGCUGUGCUUGCAAGGACUUCAUAGUUCUCAAGAAUUAAAAAAAAAAAAAAAUUCCACUU